CAAUUAAUACCCAACAUUAACAGCCGAAAACAUAGUCAUCCAUCGAACAUCAAACUGAUUACAAAUUUGUCUCAACACCAGCCGGGCCGCAAAACCCUCUCUAAACUCGUUCCAAAACGCAGUACCCUCACAAAUGGCAAAGAAGAAGAAGCGAGACGACUCAGAAGAACACCCACAAUCUCAUCACCAACAACUCGAAAACGAACCCAGUUGUGUAAAUGGCAGCAACUCGGACGAAAAAAAUGACAAGAAGAAGAAGAAAAAGAAGAAACACAAGGAAGAUGAAAAGAGUACACAAAUAAAAGAGAAGCCUACAGUGAGCAUAGCUUUGCCUGGCUCUAUCAUUCAUAAUGCUCAGUCACUCGAACUUGCCACCAGGUUGGCUGGUCAAAUUGCGCGGGCUGCCACCAUUUUCCGAAUAGAAGAGAUUGUGGUGUUUGACAAUAAGGUUGAUUCAGGCGAUUCCAGUUUUGUGUUACCAGAUUCUUCAGAUGAGAAUGAAACUGGUUCAGCUUUUUUAAUAAGGAUCUUGAUGUAUCUUGAGACACCCCAGUAUCUGAGGAGGACUCUUUGCCCAUGGCAUAACAGCUUAAGAUUUGCGGGACUGUUGCCGCCACUUGAUGCUCCACAUCAUUUGCGCAAGCAUGAAUGGGGUACAUAUCGUGAAGGUGUCAUACUAAAGGAACGAGCGGCAGAAUCUAGGCAAUCACUUGCUGAUGUUGGAUUGAAUAAGAAUGUUGUUAUUGAUCAAGUGCUUGAGCCUGGUACAAGGGUUACUGUUGCAAUGGGAACAAAUCGCCAUCUGGACGAUAAACCACGCCAGAUUGUUUCGUCUUCAAAGCCUAGGGAAGAAGCAGGAGCAUAUUGGGGUUAUAAAGUGAGAUAUGCUGCCAAUAUAAGUUCGGUAUUCCAAAGCUGUCCAUACCAGGGUGGGUAUGAUCAUCUGAUUGGUACCUCAGAGCAUGGCCUGUUUUUCAAAUCUUCAGAGCUCACUCUACCUCCAUUCAGGCAUCUGUUAAUUGCGUUUGGUGGAUUGGCUGGAUUAGAAGAGUGUUUUGAAGAAGACAAAAAUAUGAAGGGUAAAAAACCAAGUGAUGUAUUUCAUUCUUACUUGAACGUUUGUCCGAAUCAAGGAAGCAGAACUAUACGAACAGAGGAAGCUGUCUUUAUAUCUCUUCAAUAUUUCCAAGAACCAAUAGACCGCGCACUGCAGAAUAUUUAAUCGUCAGGAUAUGUAACAUUGAGUCAUCAAAGGGCUUGAUAUGAUCACUCCCUUGAAAUUCAGUGACACUGGAUAAAUGUCUGCUCUAGUUCAACGCUGGUUUGCUUCAAGGGUGAUAAACUUGAUUCACCAGCUGAGAUUUUUGUUCACUCAGGAAGAAUUAGAUUUAGGGAGAAUUAGAAGAUUUAGGAACCUAUUGUGUUGGUGUGUGAUGCUCUAGGAGGAAGGUUGUGCACGGGCAAUUUAUUUUGUGUCACUUGUGAGUUGUGAUAAUCUCCUGACAAUUAAAUGUUCAAUGUAGUUGCUAGAAUGUAAUCUUGUCCUAAUUUGAUUACUUUAUCAUGAGCAUGUAAGAGAUUGCUUGAGAUGAUUAUCCUUUGCUUACUA